AGGACGACCUCGAUCGGCAGUCCCAGGCAUCCACAUACCGCGAUCGGCGUGCACCAGAUAAACCACGCAUCACGUUGUCCACAUUCACAGGCAGUGAUCCGGACGCAUGGCUCAAUAGAGCGACGCAAUAUUUUGAGCUCAAUGAAACCGAUGGUACAGAUUGCGUCAGGUAUGCCGCUUAUUAUCUCGAUGGUGAGGCCAAUGUAUGGUGGCAAUGGCUCACAAGGAUUUAUCACAAGCGACAGCAAAUUAUCAUAUGGGAUGUUUUUGAAAGAGAGUUGCUUACACGGUUCGGUACGUCUGAUUAUCAUAACUACAAUGAAGCUCUUACGCGCAUACGGCAAACGGGCAGUCUACGCGAAUACAUCAGGGAGUUCGAACGAUUAGCUUGCCGCGUGCGCGACUGGCCGGAAGAUGCAUUAGUCAGUGCGUUUAUAGGCGGGUUGAAAUUUGAUUUGGCUGCUGAGGUUCGGCUCGAGAGGCCCGACACCAUGCAUGACGCGAUGGAAGUGGCCCGACGACGAGAAGAUCACUUGGUUGCAACACGAAGGGGACGGGCGGACACCCGGAUUCCCGAUACACGUCGCGCGGGUCCAAGCCAAUUACCCGCGAGCGCGCGGCCUGCUUUCAAUACACGGCCAGCAGGGUCAUUAGUCCGACAACUGUCGCCAGAAGAAGUCAAGCGACAACGUGAGAAGGGUCUUUGUUUUAAGUGCGAGGAGAAGUUUACCCUGGGGCAUCAGUGCAAGCAAGCCUUUGUAAUUGAGGUGGCCAACCCGGACGACAAGGAGGCCACGGGGACGGCUGGGACGCGCAGUGCAGCGGGUGCACGGGGGCGCGCGAUAAAGGAUCGGGACGCUGGGGCGCUGGAAGCAACGCGCGAGGCAUGGGGCGACAGCACGAGCGGCACGGGAAUAAGAGACGUGCGCGGCACACGCGGGAGUGGCGAGGACGUGCGGGAUGUGGGCAGUAGUGGCGAGGGGCGCGCGACAGCGCGCAAAUGCGGGACAAGCGCGGACGACCCAAUCCGCGCGGGCGUAGGAAUGCUGGGCGAUGGCGGCUACGCGCGCGAGAGGGUCGGCAUAAGCGGAGCGCGCGCAACAGCGUGCGCGUGUGGGGGGCGCGCGCGAGUCCUAGUCCCCGAAGGACUAGGGAGAAGGCUGUUGGGGUAUACAGUAAAGCAAACUUUUAU